AUGGUGAAAUAAACAAAAAAGUUCAGAUAGAGAAGCAGAAAAUAUGAUAAAAUUACAUAAGAAGAGAGAGAAUAAAUAGUAAAAAUGAAAGAAAAUGGUUCAACUUGUAGAGAGAUUAGUGAACAAAUGAAAAAAAAUAUUAAAACUAUAUAAUCAAUAAAAUCAAUAGAGAAGAAAUCAGAAUAUGCAGAUUUAAAGAAGGCUUUAAUUGAAUAUGGAUUUUAAAAAAUAAUGGAAAUGUAAUAAUUAGAUGUAUAUUUAAUGAUUAAUUUUAGAAAACGAAUUCUAAAAUAAUUGGUAAGUAAGUGAAUAAACUUAUUAAAGAUCAAUUGGAAUAGAGGACUUCAAAGUUUUGGAAUUUAAUUCCUGAAUAAAAAAAGUUCUCCAAUAAGAGAAGAAUUAUACAAUAAAUAGUAAUGAAUAUAGUUGAAAGAGUUCAAAAUACAAUUUAAAAAAAUAAUGACAGUCAUUAAUAAACAAAUAUCAUUACAAAAGAAGAGUUUGAAGAAAAAAAGGCUGAAAUUCCUAUUAAUUUAUUUGGAUAAACAACACCUCUCCAUAUAGCAAAGGCAUAUUAUUAUCUUAUGUCUAUGUUUAUACAACCAAAAAAUAAUUAUGCCUUUUUAUUGUGA